CAUGUUUAUGUGGCUAUCAAUAUCAAAAUAAACAUAUUUUUACUGGGAAAGAUGAUAUCAAUAUGUUGUGUCUAUCAUGCACUAUCAGCAUAACUGAAAUUAUUUAACGAAUUCCCGUUUAGUUUGCAAUAGAAUACCCUAGAAGAUGGCUGUGUACUUUGAUAACAAAACCGGCAAACGUGUGCCUCUUACCCACGAUUUGGCUCUAGAAUUAUUAAAUGAUGGCAACGAGUCUGAAAUAGAAGAUUUGCAUGACGAAAAUGAUGAUGCUUUUGAGAUUCAAACAUUUGAAAAUGACAGCGAUGACCAGGAGAUUGAAGAAACGGUAUUAGAUGAAAAACCUGUAUUGGAUGAAGAACCUGUUUCUUCGACGAGCUCUUCUAAAGAAAGGAGGCAAUGGAAAGACACGACGUUCCAGCAAAAAAAUCAUGAAUAUCCAAAAAGUACACCUAAACCAAUCAGAAAUGCUAUGGAGUACUUUUCCGAUUAUUUAAAUGAUGGUUUCUUUGAUUUGGCUGCAAAUUGUACAAAUAAUUAUUUUAUGCGCAAGACAGGUCGCAUGCUGAACACAAACAGUGAAGAAAUAAAGAAGUUAAUAGGUAUACACUUGAUUAUGGGAUGCGUCCCUUAUCCUAGACUUCACAUGUAUUGGCGUCAGGGGAUACAACUUCACAUGGUAUCAAGCCAAAUGUCACGAGACCGCUUCAAGACAUUGCGUACAGCCUUGCAUAUAGUUGAUGAGGACAUAGCACCUGAAGGUAAUACGAAUGUACUUUGGAAGGUACAGCCCAUCAUAACUGCAGUUAAACGAGCAUGUGAUAGAUUAGAAAGACGUCCAGGUAAUUAUUCCAUUGACGAACAGAUUAUUCCUUUCUGUGAAAGAUGUCCAAAUGGUUUAAGACAAGUAGUUAAAAACAAACCGCGACCUCAAGGCCUAAAAGUGUUUGUGGCUACAACAAGCGACGGUCUAAUGAUAGACUUUGAGGUAUAUCAAGGUGCAAGAACUCCCUUCCCUGACAAAUCACUUGGAGUUUCCGCAGCUGUGAUUCUACACCUAUCAAAGUCAAUUCCUCCAGGAAGCUGUGUCUAUUUUGAUAGAUAUUUUUCAUCAAUACCCCUCAUUGAACGUCUAUCUCAAAUGAAACUUCAUGGAACAGCUACUUUGAUGAUGAACAGACUUCCAGAACGGAGAAAGAUACCUUUUAAAGAAGAUCGUUGUAUGAAACGAGGCGAAUCACAGCAAUUUAUGUGUGGAGACUUAGUUGUUGUUAAAUGGAAAGACAAUAAAUCUGUGGUAAUGGUAUCGAAUUGUACAUCAGCUGACAAUAAAGUGAAUGUGAAUCGCUGGGAUAAAACUUCUAAACCUUAUAUUCAAGUUUCCAUGCCAAAGCUUAUUCACAACUACAAUACCAACAUGGGAGGUGUGGACGUUCUAGACCAAGGUAUGGAAUAUUAUCGCACAUUCAUGAAGACAAAAAAAUGGACCCUCAAAGUAAUACUGCACUUUAUAGACCUUUGUGUAGUCAAUGCUUGGCGCCUUUAUAUAACUGAAGCCAUCAAUGCACAUAUUCCAAAAAAGAGAAUACAAGAUUUGCUCGAGUUCAGAUUAGAAGUAGCCGAUGGUCUCAUUGGAACCAAAACCAAAAAUCCUUCAUCAACAAGUGAAGAUACUGAAUCUAUGGAUAUUGAUCCAGUUGUAAACCAAAAAAGGUAUCGACCAGCCAAUAAUCCAAGUGACUCAAUGAGGUAUGAUUGUUAUGAACAUUUUCCCAUUUUUGAUGAAAUUCCAGCUCCUAGAACAUGCAGAUUUGAAAAUUGCUCUAGUAGGUCUAAAAUUAGAUGUGAAAAGUGCAACGUUUAUUUGUGUUUGUCACGCAACAAGUCCUGUUUUAGAGACUACCAUAAAAAAUAAUUAUUUUUUUGAAAUGUCUGUAGGUACCUAAUAUGUUCAGGUAUAAUUGCUUGAAAUUUACUCCUAGUUUUUGUUUUAUUUAAGGUUGUAUGUAAUAAAU